AUGUCUUUCCUGAGCAGGAUGCGAUCCACCAAAAGUAGUGCUCUUGAGCACGCUCCAGCUCCCAGUAUCGAAGAUGUUGAGAUCCAAAACGUCACAAAUGACAAUACUACAGAGGAGAAGAACGAUGCGACUGCUAUUGACGAUCACGGAGACACAGACCUCAAGGAUGAAAUCGAGGCCCCAACCCAAGAUGCACAGUUGGGUGUCCAAAAGAUUGAGGCUAUCACAUUAGCUUGGACCAAGAGGUCACUGGCGGCUUUGCUCAUCAUGAUCUGGAUUCUCUUCCUCACGAAUGGCUUUCGACUGUCGAUUCUCUGGGGUCUAGUACCAUAG